CAGGCAGGCUCGGCAGUUGGCUUACUACUCAGAGAAGAAAAUCCGUUGUUGUGUAGAGGAAGAAAGGCUCAAGAAAUUCGAGGAACGUAAAACGCCGAAACUACGAGAUUUACACCCCAGUCUUCGUGGGUCGUUUUUCUCCAACUUGUUUUUGGGUUUUGUAUAGAUAACAUGGCUUGUGGAGCUACGUUAAAGCGGUCGAUGGAGUUUGAGGCCCUCCUCAGUCCCCAGUCUCCCAAGCGGAGAAGGUGCAAUCCACUACCGGGGACUCCUAGCACUCCGUCCCAGCAAAGAUGCAACCUCCGUCCACCAGUCGACAGCCCAAUGCAUUCGAUGUCCUCUCCGGUUAUUGGAGGCGAAAACCGGCUCACGCCAGAGCAAAUCUUCCAGAACCUCCGUCAGGAGUACAGCCGCAUCCAGAGGCGGCGACAGCUGGAGGGGGCCUUUAACCAAAGCGAGGCCUGCAGCUCCAGUGACGCGCCCAGCCCCAGCUCCUCUCUCAACGCUCCCAGCUCCCCACCAGGCACCUCAAGGAAGGACCAACCCUCGUUUACGCUGAAGCAGGUGAGCUACCUGUGCGAGCGCCUGCUCAAAGACCACGAGGACAAGAUCAGGGAGGAGUACGAACAGAUCCUUAACACAAAACUUGCAGAACAAUAUGAAUCUUUUGUGAAAUUCACACAAGACCAGAUAAUGCGAAGAUACGGAGCCCGGCCUGCUAGUUAUGUCUCCUGAGCUCACAUCGACGGGAUCCCAGCUUCCUCUCACAAGAUGGCUGCUCUUUUACUGCCCCACUCCCUCCCUUCCAUUUGAUUUACAUUUUAUUUCCCUUUUUAACCCCCUUACCCCCCAAACCCCCUCCAUCUCAGCCUGUUUUGGGUGCCAUGGUUUAUCUAAUUUUAAAAUCCAAAAGUUGAUUUCUUAUUUCAAAAAUAUAGAAAAUAAAAAAGUUGCUGCUGGCCAAACGUUAGAAGAAUCUGAAAGACAAACAAUGUAUAAAUCCCACUCCUUUAUUUCCCCACUUCCUCUUGUUGAUAUGCUCUUUCUGGAAAUCCUAAAAUACUAAAGCAGAUCUGUGUCAAUUUCUUGCCGGCGCUGUAGAAAACAAGCUUAUUGGCUCACCUGAUCAUUCUGUAUAACCCUCCAGCAGCUGUAUUUAAAGGCUCCUGCUUCUCACGUUGUCCCACUUUUCUUGCCCCCCCCACCCCUUCCACCUCUUCACAACACUUUACCCAAGAAUGUGCAUUUUUCUCCCUUUUGAAAAAAAUAAAAGUUCUGUGAUUAAA